AUGUAUUCAUGCACUGACAACGAGUCACGAGGCGGCAGAAAGUCCGAAAGUCGAAUUAAUUUAAAACAUCAAAAUUUCAGUGGCGGAGAUAAUACAACACUCAUUGGUAAAGUAUUUACUAAUGAUCGUAACUUAGGAAUAACUUUUCAACUUCCUGUUCUUGGAUUACUGUAUCGUGAAUACUGGGUUCUCGAAACGGAUUACGAUAAUUACUGUAUUUGUUGGAUCUGUGAAGAUCGUGGAUCAUUUUAUAUGACUUAUAAAAAUUUAUAG